UUCCAUCAUUUUAUUCAACCAUAAAACUACCCCAAGGAGAAUCUCAGACACAACAGCAACUACAAGGAAGAAGCAGCUGAGUUGUUGUUUUUAGCCAUGGCAGAUGAGUUUAACACGGGAACAAACUGGUGGGAUUCAUCUAGAACUGCUGGUUCUUCAUCUUCAUCCUCUGGGCUUAAUAAUAGCUUCGGUUGGGCGGCUGAGAUGGCUGAUAUCAAAACAGCAUCUUCAUCGGGUAGUUCGGUUGUUUUCCAGGACAAUCAGAAGCUUCAAGCUAUGGAUUUGCAAAUGAUGGGUUUGGGACUUUCUUCUCAAGCCAUGGAUUGGAAUCAAGCUUUGCUGCGUGGGGAGAAGAGUGAGACUAGUUUCAGGUCUAUGCUUCAAGAUCAUAGCUUGAGUACAUCAAAUGCGAACUAUUACCACCAUCAUCCGCAGCAGCAGCAAAUGAAUAGAGGGUUUUUACUUGAUCAAUCUCAGUUCAGUCCCCAUGGAAGUUCGAGUGAUAGCACCGUGACUUGCCAGGGUUUACCUUCGAGUUUUCCGGUGGAUUCGACGGCGGCCUUGUACGGUAGCCCUUCGACGAUUCUGCAAGGACUGUUGGGGUCUGAGAAUCAACCACAACAUCAACAAUCUUAUCAACAUGGAAUGAACAGUAAUGAUCAAUUGUUGCCUAAUUCAUGGUCCAAAGUCCCACAAUUCUUGAGAAGCUCACAACCAAAACAUCAUCAUCAUCAACAACAACAACAGCAGCAGCUCCAUGGACAGUUACAUUUCUCAAACAAUGCUCCUUUUUGGAACCCAUCUGAUGCUCCCGUGGCUGAUCAUGUUAGGCCUGGGCUUUUCCCUUCAUUGCAAACCCAAUUUCCAACGGGAAAUUUCGAUGAAAAACCAAAGCAGAAUAUAUCAGAAGUUCGGGACUCAAGCACUGUGGUGAAGAAAAGUGGAAACGAACCCACUUCUAAAAGGCCCCGAAAUGAAACCCCAUCAACUAUGCCAGCUUUUAAGGUGAGAAAAGAGACGAUGGGGGACAGAAUCACUGCACUCCAACAAUUGGUUUCACCUUUCGGAAAAACUGAUACAGCAUCAGUGCUCUCUGAAGCCAUUGAAUACAUAAAAUUCCUCCAUGAACAAGUCAGUGUUCUACGUACCCCAUACAUGAAAAACAACGAUGCUGCCAUACAACAUCAGCAGAAUCCUGAGAAAUCCAAGGACCCUGGAGGGCCUAAACAAUAUCUAAGAAGUCGAGGACUAUGCCUUGUGCCGGUAUCGAGCAUGUUCCCGUUGACACACGACUCGCCGUUCUAUUUCUGGACACCGACAAGAGGAAGAGAAAAAGGAUCUGAUAGAUAGAUAUGUACAUAU